AUGAUUUUAAAACGCAACAACGUGAUUUGUCAAAUUCUUGUCUGUCUUCUCACUCAUCUGUCUCUUGUUUUGUCUGGAGUCCGGCUCUGGAGAGGUUAAUUUUUGGUAAAUUUAUAUUAAAAGUUUGCCAGAAAAUCUAUUAAAAUCUGUGCUUAUAAUAUAUUUUAAGAUAAAAUUUAAAAAAUUUUAUUGUUCUCCUACCUACAGGCCAUAGACAAAAUAUAAAGGUACAAUGGGAUACUUCAAUUUUGCAGAUCUUGGAGGAUGUGUGUAAAAAGAAUGGAUUGAAAUCUGAAGAAUAUGAUUUGAAACAUCACAACACAGUACUGGAUACAUCAACUGUUAUAAGGUACAGUGCAUUGCCAAACAAUGCUUUUCUCGAAAUGGUGCCAUGUCGAGAACAGCGCAAGGUUUCAGCGGUAACUGUCAGUGUUCAAUCGGACUCCAACCCUGAAAGGUUGACCGGCGAUUUCAUGCCACAAGAUGCAUUGGAGGUUAUUGUACAGAAAUUAUGUCCUGAGAUACUUGAAGACAAAUCAAAAGUUCCUGUCGUGGUUUUUAUGCGCCGAGAAAUAGUUGGCUGCAAUAAAAUAAGCACAACAACUCUACAGGAAUUGGGAGUGACGUCAGGCCGUAUCUUGCUCAGGGUAACUACAAGAGAGUCUGAGAAGCAUCCAGAACUCCAGCUUAUAGGCUCUGCCAUGUUGAAACCAGUUGAACCUAAAAAAGAAGAAGUUGUCAAAAGUUCUGUGGCUGAGCAGAGUCAUGAUGUGAACCAAAGCUCUGCAAAUCUAUCUGUUCAAGAACAUCAAUCUAAUACAACUGAAAGAAUCACACCCUCGAACGAAGUAUCAGAUGUUUCAUCGAAUAAACCGGUUGAAAAUCAGAACGUGGAUAAAACAAGUACUGUUCCUGAACAGAAGAUUGAAGAGCCUAGCAAAAAACCUUUCAGGAACACGGAACAUACUUCAUCUGAGAAAAAAAUAGAAGCGAAACUUUCAACUCAAACAGGUGUAAAUAAUGGAUGUACUGCAGCCGACCCAUUUCCUCUGAAGGACAUUGAUCUGAGUAGCAUCAAAUAUAUAGAUGAAAAUCGGAAAAUUCUAAUUUUCCAUUUGAAAGAUGAAAAUUCUACUACGGAGGAAUUGCCGGACGAUUUUUUCGAUGUAACUCUUGAUGAUGUUCGUUUGAUGUUGCGUGAUCUCAAACGCACCAGAGAAGAAAUGGAAAACACUCCUCUGCUGACUGGCAAUUUACGUGAAAGUGAGUCACAACGGAAGGUGGAGCAGUACAAAGAAACUGUGAUUAGGGUUCAAUUUCCAGAUAGGUACGUGCUUCAAGGUGUUUUCAAGCCGAAUGACUCAUUUUCUGAUGUAAUUGAAUGUGUGAAACAGUCUAUCAGCCAACCAGACGUCGAUUUCUACCUUUAUACCUCACCUCCAAAAAGAAUACUACUCCCUGAAGAAACUUUAUUCAGCGCUGACUGUGUUCCCUGUGCUAAAAUCUACUUUGGUACCAAUAGCACUGAUAAUUUACUCAGUAAAGGAGGCUACAUUAAAGAAACACUACAUCCGUUGAUUAUUUCCCGAAGCUUGGCUACGCUAGCUGCUUGUCAAUUAAGGAACAUAAGACCCAAUACAAGUUUGAGAAGAGAAGCCAAGGAGGAUUCGGCUGCUCUCUGUGAACAAGCAUGCUCGAGCAGUCAGCAGGCGAGCGCCAGCCAAGCCGUGUCACAAACAUCCAGCGAACAGCUAUCAGCCAGGAAAAUUUUCAAAUCAAAAGGCGAGACUACAUCUGAAAAAAGACCUAAAUGGUUCAAACCGGUCUGAGAAUAGUUCUUACUAUGAGAAUUAUAUACAAUUACAAAAUGUUCAGAUAAUAUUUAUUUAUUUACAUUACAAUAGAUAUUAAACAAUCGAACUCAACGAAUAGGCUAUAAAUAAAAUAAUACGAGAGUAUUAGAAAUUGCAUGGAUUUGUGGAAAGUUUGAAAUCACGGUGGUAAUUUUUUCUAUUUUUUCCUGGCAUUCAUUAUUUUUUAUGUAAUGAAAACGAAUUUUGAGAGAAUAUACAUCACUGCUGUUUUCUAUUGGAA